UAUAAAAAGUAAUUUUACAUAUAAUAGGAUUUUAUGAAAUCUCACGCAAAUACCGAUAAAUCUUUCGGAUAUGAUAUACUGUACGACUGGUUAGGAAAGGGUUUAUUGAUUAACACGUCGACAGACCUAUGGAGACAACGCCGUCGACUCAUAGCACCGGCAUUUCAUAGACAAACACUCGACAACUUUCUGCCCGUAUUUAACGACUUAAGCCGAGUAUUUGAACAACGAUUACAUCGUUCACUCGAAAAGGAGAGCAUCAAUAUUUGUGAUCUUAUUUUCUCCCUGUCAUUAGAUAUUAUUGCAGAAACGGGCAUGGGAAUAAAACUAAAUGCCCAAGGUAACGAACACCGGGAUUACAUCGAUGCCAUACAACAUAUUGGUAAAAUAAUGGAGUAUCGAUUUUUGAAUCCACUUUUAUGGCCUGACUGUACAUUCAAACUGUCCGAAACUGGCAAACAGUUUAAACAGUGUUAUAAUAUCUCACACUCACUGACACAUCGGGUUAUUAGUGACCGAAAGCGGGUUAUGAUUGAAAGUAAGGGAUUUCACGGUUCGGACGCUAGCGAUGGUCAUAAUGAGGGAAAAGCGGGUAAACGACUGGCCUUUUUAGACCUACUAUUAGCACAUCAUUUGAGUAAUAAUAAUAGUCUAUCACUGGAGGACAUCCGGGAAGAAGUGGACACUUUUAUGUUUGCCGGACACGACACAACAGCGUGCUGUUUAUCAUGGACCAUUUUUUUUCUUGGUUUAUAUCCGGAAAUUCAGGGUCGCAUUCACGAGGAAUUAGACGAAAUAUUUGACAACAAUUGCGAUAUUAAUGCCGAAAACAUUAAUAAAUUACGUUAUUUAGAGGCAGUAAUUAAAGAGUCGUUGCGAUUGCGUUCACCGGUGCCCACAAUUAUGCGUACACUAACACAAGACAUACAACUCGGUCCCUACACUAUACCAUCCGGCGUAUCAAUAUUAUUGUUGCUAGAUGAAUUGCAUCACGAUCCAGAUAUAUACCCUAAGCCCCUGAAGUUUAAUCCGGAUAGAUGGCUAUCAUCUGAACAUGGUGGUAAUAAAGCAGCUAGUUUUAUGCCGUUCUCAUUGGGCGCCCGCGACUGCAUUGGCCAGAGGUUUGCUAUGAAUGAGCUGAAAGUGGUUUUGGGCCGAGUCUUACAUCGCUAUGCAUUUCGAUCACUCGAACCCAUAGACAAAGUGAUUGAAUAUCACGCUAUGGUUAAGAAACCUAAAUAUGGUAUUCGUGUUAAAGUAACCCAAAGAGUAAAAUAA